UCAAAAAUAAUGUUGAAAUAAGUUUUAAUUCUUUUCUUUAGUGUAUUUUUAUUGAUACGUGCCAAAAAGCAGAGAGCUACUAUGGUUUUAAAUAAUUUUAUUUAAUAGAAGAAGAGAUCGCCAUUUUAUUGAAUAUUAUCUGUCUGCUUUAUCAAGUAACCAUAAAAAAGCAAAAUACAUCAUUAAGAAUGAGUGAUUCCAGCAGGAAGACUUCCAAUGGAGCUGUAGAGCAAAUCAUGAGGAACAUGACUUCUGAUAUUCAGAAUGCUGAUGGCCAAUACAUACAGCUUGGCUUCACUCCACCAGCUACACCGCAGGAACCUUGGAAUUCCAUGCCUCAAACAUCUUUCAUACCACCAUUCAAUAUGCGCCCAGCUGAGCACUCAAUGCCUUCGUAUCAACCAAUGGAGCAAUUCCCUCAACAGCCAGUCUCAUAUAACUACAUGUCACAAUCAAACUUCUUCAACCAAGACACCUUUGAGCCACCCAAUCUAGCAUAUCCAAGCCAUCAAGAUGUUCAAUAUCAACCAGACUAUAAGCUGUUCCUUGCCCACAAGAACAGCAUUGACAAUUUCAAUGAUAAUGCAGUUUCAGUGGCAGUGUCAAAUCCAAUUAGCGCUGAUAGAUCACCAUUGAUAGACAAUCUCUUUGGAAAUUGGACUCCAAACACUAGUGGAACCUAUUCACCAUUUGGUAAUGUACCAUCAUUCAAUGCUAAUCACAUAUUUGAGCCGCAGCCUCCAGAAUUCCCAAGCAGAAAUUUAAUUCGACAAGUCAUUGAUGAGCCACCAAAAUUCAGCUUGGAUGAGCAGCCAAGCUUUCAAUUCAAUAGGGACACCAAGAAACCUAGAAUUGUAGCAGAGGUUAAGCCGAUGAGGCCAAGUUAUUCUGAUGUGCUCCUGAAAAGUGCCCCUCAGACUAACGUUAAAUUGAAUAAAACAGAGGGCAAGGAAACCAGACAAAAGAAGGAUAUUAAGAAGAACACCAAGAAUGAGAAGCAGAAGACUUCGGCCACUCUGAGUCGCUCAAAUACAACUAAUGAGAUCAAAGAUAUUACCGCUGAUAAGGCUGCUACAUUAUCUAAAAAUUCUGAGAAAAACAAGGAUGUGAAGAAUUGCAAUCUAAAUAGGAAAUGGGCAUCAUUGGAUAAUGUGACACAAGACACAAGCAAUGAUUUCAAAACUGAUUUUACUGAGAACAAAAAACCCAAGAAACCACAGGAGAAUAUCAACAAGAGCGCUUCUGCUAAAUUGAAUCCAAGGAAAGUUAGUAAAAAUGAUAAUACUGAAAUUGAAUCUGGAAAUAGUAAGGGGGACACUGUUAAUAAUAACAAAUCUUCAACUAAGAGAGGAAACAAAGGUGGAAAUAAACAAAGAGGAUAUGAGAAUAAUUAUGGAAGUAAUGAGAAACCACCUGGUAAGAGGUCUCAGAGGAAUAGAAAGAAAGAUAAUCCAGUGCCAUUUGGUAUUAUUGGGUUGAAACUGAAAGAGUAUCUUGGUUGGUGGAAAUAUAUAGUGAAAUUUCUCUUUUGGUUGUUACAUUUGAUAUCUGAUAUAUUGAGUCUCAGCUCCCAUUUGAUUCAACACUGGGGUAGCAAUUUAUAUAUUUGGCUUGUAAUUCAUUGGGCAUUAUUCUUGGAAACCAGUGUAUUGAUCGCGAAACGUAUGAAGGUGUUCACUUGGUUUUAUGACAAGUUUAAAAAGGAGAAAGAGCCUGAGAAGAAGGCUGGGUUCGUUCAUCCCGGUUUACACAAUAACAUAAAUAUGCCAACUACCGGGGAAGAAGCCAUGAAAAGGUUAUUGGCGUGCAAAGGAAAGGAUCCAUACAGUAUUUUGGGAGUGACUCCUAUGUGCACUGACGCUGACAUCAAGAAUUACUACAAAAAGCAAGCCAAAUUGGUGCAUCCGGAUAAGAACCAGCAGCCGGGCGCAGAAGAGGCUUUCAAAAUAUUGGUACAUGCUUUCGACAUGAUCGGUGAACCGGAGCGCAGAGCUGCCUACGACAGAGGCGUCGCAGAGUCCGCCCAUGCCAAACAGGCGAUGACGGAACUAACCGAACUAUUGGUGCAGCUUCAGCAGAAGGUUGAAGCUGCUGCGAACACGAUCCGAUGCAGCGCGUGCGGUCUUAGACACAAGAGGAUCAAAGUUGAUAGACCCUGCUAUGCGGCCAGGAAUUGCGCGACCUGCAAGAUCCAUCACUCUGCCAAGGAAGGAGACAUCUGGGCGGAGGCCCGCUGUUUCGGCUUCCUUUGGCAUUAUUAUGCCUGUAUGGAUGGCGGAGUCUACGACAUCACCGAGUGGGCAGCCUGCCAGAAGGACAGCUUGAAGCAUCUUAAGCCGGACACGCACAACGUCCAAUAUCGAAUUGCCCUGGGCAAGCAGAACAGCAGCCCUCCGCGGAGAAACGCCGGACCUUCGAGCCAGGGCAGCGCCGCCAACACCACCAAUAACUCCACGCCAAACAAGAAUCCGGAUCUCGACAAGCUUUUCAACAGCUUCUGCAACCACAACGCCGAAAAUCUCAGACGCAAAUCCAAAAAGGCUAAAUGAUCUUUUAGACUAACAAUGGAAACUAUUGCAUGCUUAAUUUUAUUUUAGUGACGAUCGAAAUCGAACAUGAAAAUACAAAAU